AUGUUCUGCUUGAGCGAUUCCAAUGAAGUUCCGAGUCUUGUAUAUUUCAUGGAUGCUCCCUUGCCCCGGUCCAUCUCCAUCACAGAUAAUGACUACAAGUCCUCGUCACUGCCAGACUACAGAAGGAAUGGACUUAAAAAGACGCCUGGUCCCACAGAGUAUCAGCAGUACAAAAGCAGUAAUGCAGUGAACUGGCAGAUCAGAGAAUAUAAGAUUUACCCAUACGAGGCUUUGGUGGUGUCCGUCAGAGGAGAGCAGCGCCUCCCCAAGGACGUGGACCGGGCCAGACUGGAGCGCCAUCUGUCCCCAGAGGAGUUCCUCAAAGUGUUCGGAAUGCCCAUGUCCGCCUUCGACCGCCUCGCUCAGUGGAAGAAGAACGAGCUCAAGAAGCAAGUGCGGCUUUUCUGA